AUAGGCCAUAUAUCCACUCAACGCUCCACGGCUCCACCGAGACGGAGAGAUUUUAAUUCCCACCCCAUGAUAAACGAUAUAACGUCUUCUACUAGUUCAUAGAGUAUCUUAUACAACCACAAGAACCAUUUUUGAUUUAUAUAUAUAUUUAUUGAACGAAUAAAGCAGUUCAAAUGGCUUCAGUAAGCUUAUAUAGCAGUGGCCUCUUCUUGCCCAUUUCACAUUACUCUCCCAGCAGAUGUUGCAUCAAAACUCAAGCUUUGGCUCUGAACCAAUCUCGCUUUCUAUCUUCCAAUUCGGUUUUGAGGUUCAAAAGGCAAAUUCUGGUGUCAACCGUUCAAUUCAAGAAGUUGAGGAGCCCCAGACCUCCUCAGGUUGUACCCACUGUUCUGUCUGCACAAUCCAAUUUCCUUAAAGUUGUUCGAACAGUAUGGAAGGUUGGGAUGGAUGGAAUUGAAGCAGGAACUAAUCUAGUGCCUGGAGCUAUCCCAAGGCCGCUAGCAAGAAUUGCAGUAACUGUAGUUGCUCUGUCUAUAUCACUCUUUGUACUCACCUCCUUCCUGUCUACUGCCUUCACCGUGCUGGCCAUGAUGGGACUCAUUUACUUUACGUUCAUAGCAUUGAAUAAAGAUGAAGGCCCGAAAGGAGAUGGAGGUACUACCUCUGUGGAAGACAGUCUUGAAGAAGCAAGAAAAAUAAUGGAGAAGUACAAGUAACUAAAGCACGACCGACCAAAGAUGUUGGUUCAGUCCUUCCUCCCCGACUGCUUCAACCUUUUUUUUUUCCAGAGAAUUUUUAGCAUACCUUUCUCAGAUGAAAAGCUUUCCUAUCUGAAGAUGUACUUCUUCUACUUCAUUCACAUGCACUUAGUGACAUGUAAAUACAGCAUAGUUUUGAAGUUACUCAUUCAAGUUUUCGAAAUGUAUACUUAUUAUUCUGUA